AUGGCCAAAAGCAGCUCCCUGCACUGCCGGGUGCUGGAGGGGAAGGACCUGCCCGCCAAGGACGUGUCCAGCUCCAGUGAUCCCUACUGCGUGGUCAAGGUGGACAAUGAGGUGGUGGCCAGGACUGCCACGGUGUGGAAGAGCCUGAACCCUUUUUGGGGUGAGGGAUACAUCCUGCGCCUGCCCUGCGGCUUCCACAGCUUCACCGUCUACAUGCUGGAUGAAGAUACCAUCGGGCAGGAUGAUGUCAUCGGCAAGGUCUCGCUCAGAUGCCAGCAGAUCUUGGCUGAACCACGGGGUGUGGACAGUUGGCUCAGCCUGGCACCUGUGGACCCAGACAAGGAGGUGCAGGGUGAGAUCCACUUGGAGCUGCAGGUGCUGAGCAGGGCCACACCAUGGGUGCUGCGCUGCCACCUCAUCGAGGCCAGGGACCUGGCCCCCCGGGACCUCUCUGGCACCUCAGACCCCUUUGCCCGGGUGUCGUGCUGCGGACACAUGUUGGAGACAGCCGUGAUGAAGAAAACUGGCUUCCCACGCUGGGAUGAGGUGCUGGAGUUUGAGCUGGCAGAGGGCAAGCUGGGGGAGGCUGUGCUGAAAGUGGAGGUGUGGGACUGGGACAUCGUGGGCAAGAACGACUUCUUGGGAUAGGUUGAGUUCCUCCUGGACACCAUCUGCAGCAACCCCACCAAGGGCUGGUUCCAGCUCCUGCCCUUCCCCAGCACUGCUGAGGACCAUGGUGAGGGGCAGCUAGGUGCCCUGCGGCUGGCAGUGCGGCUCGUGGAGGACAGGGUGCUGCCCACCCCCUACUACCAGCCCCUCAUCCAGCUCCUCACCGAGCCCAUCCUGUGCCCAGGCCAGUCUCCCACUGGCACUGCUCUGGCUGUCCUGGAGGAGGUGAACUCGGGGGAGAGCCGGCAGGAUGUGGCCACCAAGCUGGUGAAGGUCUUCUUGGGACAGGGGCUGGCUGUGCCCCUCCUGGACUAUCUCCCCAAUCAUGAGCUGGCCAGGACCACGGACCCCAACAUCCUCUUACGCUCCAACUCGCUGGCAUCCAAGUCCAUGGAGCAGUCCCUGAAGGUGGUGGGGCUGCCCUACCUGCAGGACUUCCUGAAGCCCGUGGUGAACCGCAUCUUUGAGGAGAAGUACGUUGAGCUGGACCCCAGCAAGAUGGAGCUGAGCCGCAGCAGGUGA